GCCUUCAUCACCUCCCGGUCGAUGGUCGUUGAGGAAGCUUCCAUCUUGAGUCGCGCUUCUACCGACGGAACCAUGGCGAGCGACUCCCCGGCGCGGAGUCUGGAUGAGAUAGACCUGUCUGCACUACGGGACCCGGCUGGGAUCUUUGAGCUCGUCGAACUGGUUGGAAACGGCACCUAUGGGCAGGUCUACAAGGGUCGCCACGUCAAGACGGGCCAGCUUGCUGCCAUCAAGGUCAUGGACGUCACCGGAGACGAGGAAGAGGAGAUCAAAGCUGAGAUCAACAUGCUGAAGAAGUACAGCCACCACCGGAACAUCGCGACCUACUAUGGCGCCUUCGUCAAGAAGAACCCUCCAGGAAUGGACGACCAGCUUUGGCUGGUGAUGGAGUUCUGCGGAGCCGGGUCGGUGACGGACCUGAUCAAGAACACCAAAGGGAACUCGCUGAAGGAGGAGUGGAUCGCCUACAUCUGCAGGGAGAUCCUCAGGGGUCUCACCCACCUCCACCAGCACAAGGUCAUCCACAGGGACAUAAAGGGGCAGAACGUGCUGCUGACGGAAAACGCAGAGGUCAAGCUGGUGGACUUCGGCGUGAGCGCCCAGCUGGACCGGACGGUGGGGCGGAGGAACACGUUCAUCGGGACGCCGUACUGGAUGGCGCCGGAGGUCAUCGCCUGCGACGAGAACCCGGACGCCACCUACGACUUCAAGGUAGGCAGGAGGGAGGGUGAGCCAGCUCUGUGCGACAUGCAUCCGAUGAGAGCGCUCUUCCUCAUCCCCAGAAACCCGGCGCCGAGGCUCAAGUCCAAGAAGUGGUCCAAGAAGUUCCAGUCGUUCAUCGAGAGCUGCCUGGUGAAGAGCCACAGCCAGCGGCCGAGCACCGAGCAGCUGCUGAAGCACCCCUACAUCCGCGACCUGCCCAACGAGCGCCAGGUCCGCAUCCAGCUGAAGGACCACAUCGACCGGACCAAGAAGAGGCGCGGCGAGAGAGAUGAGACGGAGUACGAGUACAGCGGCAGCGAGGAAGAGGAUGAAGAGCGGGACGUCGGGGAGCCCAGCUCCAUCAUCAACAUUCCCGGAGAGUCGACUCUGAGGCGGGACUUCCUGCGCCUCCAGCUGGCCAAUAAGGAGCGGUCGGAGCUGAUCCGGCGCCAGCAGCUGGAGCAGCAGCAGAACGAGGAGCACAAGCGCCAACUACUGGCUGAGAGGCAGAAACGCAUCGAGGAGCAGAAGGAGCAGCGGCGGCGGCUAGAGGAGCAGCAGCGCCGGGAGCGGGAGCUGAGGAAGCAGCAGGAGCGGGACCAAAGGAGGCGCUACGAGGAGAUGGAGCAGCUCCGGCGGGAGGAGGAGAGGAGGCACGCCGAGAGAGAGCAGGAGUAUAUCCGUAGACAGCUGGAGGAGGAGCAGAGGCAGCUGGAGAUCCUGCAGCAGCAGCUCCUGCAGGAGCAAGCCUUACUGCUGGAGUACAAGAGGAAGCAGAUCGAGGAGCAGCGGCAGGCGGAGCGGCUGCAGCGUUUGACCCCAGUGCCUUCCUGUAACCUGGCUGCCCUCCAGGUGAUGCGCCGCGCUCAGAGCAACUCGCCCCGCAUCCCGUCCAAGAAGUACCACUCCUUCAUGGAGACGCGGGACGUCAACCUGGACAACCUGCUGCUGUUGCCGGGUUACCGGCCGCCCAGGCCCCGCCCCCCGUCCUACCCGGCCCACGUGAGCCCGCCCAGGGACCACCUGAACCAGCCCAGGAUCCGGAUCACCUGCCUGCCCGAUCCGGAUCCGGAGACGCGGCGCCAGAGUCCCGGCAGGAGCCCCGUGAGGCAGCCGGACUCCCGGGGCCGGAGCCCCGCCCGCCGGGUGGAGGAGCUUUAUAAGAUGAACCGACAGGAUUCUCCUGCGUUGCAGCAUAAAGUCUCCAACCGGAUCUCCGACCCGGCGCUGCCCCCCCGAUCCGAGUCCUUCAGCAGCGGAGGGAUCCAGCAGGCCAGGACGCCGCCCAUGCACCGCUCCGUAGAGCCACAGGUUCCUCAGCGAACCACCUCCAUCUCUCCGGCUCUGGUCCGGAAGAACUCUCCGGGAAACGGACCGGGCCUCGGCCCGCGGGCCGGAGCGCACCUCAUCCGGGCCAGCAACCCUGACCUGAGGAGGACCGACGUCUCCAUGGAAACGCCUCUGAAGAGGACGAGCAGCGGCAGCUCCUCCAGCUCCAGCACCCCGAGCUCCCAGGGAGGCUCCAACGAGAGAGGUGACUCUGCUGCUAAAACCGACGGCUCCACUCUUUCCUCCCACGACGCCAAAGACGACAGCAGAGAGCUGACCCGGCCCAGCCGGCCCGCGAGUUAUAAGAAAGCUUUAGACGAGGAGGAGUUGGACCUGACGGCUCUGGCCAAAGAGCUGAGAGAGCUGCGGCAGGGAGAGGAGACCAGCCGUCCGCCGGUCAAGGUCACGGACUACUCUUCAUCCAGCGAGGAGUCGCACAGCAGCGAGGAUGAGGAGGGAGAGGGCGGGGCUAAUGACGGAUCGGUGGCCGUUAGCGACAUACCGCGGAUUAUGCCUCCAUCGAGUCAGAGCAGCAACGAGUCCUUCGGCGUGAUGGGAGGCCAUAACGACGCCCACGGUGACCCGUACGGAGACGGGACGCAGGACGGCACGCUCAUGAUGCGGGAGUACGGGAUGGGAGGCAGCGGCGGCUCCAAGGCGUCCUUCACCCCAUUUGUUGACCCCCGGGUGUACGGGACCUCGCCGACCGAAGACGAUGAUAAAAACUCAGCUGCAGCGCUGUUUGCCGAUGAGCUGCUGAAACAGGAGCAGGAGCAGGCGAGGCUCAACGAGGCCCGGAAGAUCUCCGUGGUCAACGUGAACCCGACGAACAUCCGGCCGCACAGCGACACGCCCGAGAUCAGGAAGUACAAGAAGCGCUUCAACUCUGAGAUCCUCUGCGCUGCCCUGUGGGGAGUGAAUCUGCUGGUGGGGACAGAAAACGGCCUGAUGCUGCUGGACCGAAGCGGCCAGGGAAAAGUUUACAACCUGAUUAACCGAAGGCGCUUCCAGCAGAUGGACGUCCUGGAGGGACUCAACGUCCUGGUCACCAUCUCAGGGAAGAAGAACAAGCUGCGGGUUUACUACCUGUCCUGGCUGAGGAACAGGAUAUUACACAACGACCCGGAGGUGGAGAAGAAGCAGGGCUGGAUCACAGUGGGGGAGCUGGAGGGCUGCGUGCAUUACAAAGUCGUGAAAUACGAGAGGAUUAAAUUCCUGGUGAUCGCUCUGAAAAACUCAGUGGAAAUCUACGCCUGGGCACCAAAACCUUACCAUAAAUUUAUGGCCUUUAAGUCUUUCACCGAUCUGCAACAUCGCCCCCUGCUGGUGGAUUUAACUGUGGAGGAGGGCCAGAGGUUAAAGGUUAUCUAUGGCUCCACUGUAGGUUUCCAUGUGAUCGAUGUGGAUUCUGGAAACCCUUAUGACAUCUACAUCCCCUCACAUAUCCAGGGUCAGGUGACCCCGCACGCCAUCGUGGUCCUGCCCAAGACGGAUGGCAUGGAGAUGCUGCUGUGCUACGAGGACGAGGGCGUCUACGUCAACACCUACGGCCGAAUCACCAAAGACGUGGUGCUGCAGUGGGGCGAGAUGCCCACAUCCGUCGCCUACAUCCACUCCAACCAGAUCAUGGGCUGGGGCGAGAAGGCCAUCGAGAUCCGCUCGGUGGAGACGGGACACCUCGACGGCGUUUUCAUGCACAAACGAGCUCAGCGCCUCAAGUUCUUGACGGAGAGAAACGACAAAGUUUUCUUCGCCUCGGUCCGCUCUGGAGGCAGCAGUCAGGUUUUCUUCAUGACCCUGAACAGAAGCUCCAUGAUGAACUGGUAACCUGCCCCGCCCCCCGCUGGGAGCCACGCCCCUUCGCCGGAGGGACGAUGGAGGACGGUGUUUGUGCGUGUUUAUAUGUGUGUGUGUACUCGUGGACGACGACGACAACAAGCUGCUGACUGGACUGCACAUCUGGAGCAGGUGCUAACCCACAGCAGAGCGUCCCUACUUAGACAUCCUCACGCUGUAGGGGGCGCUGCAGGUCCUGUGGUUGGUGUGACUGCCUGCAGAGCGAAGGUGACCCCACAAGGUCGGCGCUUUGGCCUGCUGGGCCGGACUGAGGGUGGAUCUGGAGCCUUUAAGGAUCUGACCAGUAGCCUUUGAGUGGGGAAGCUCUUUGUGUAGCACAUCAGUGACUUUCAUCCAGGGUGUUCACACUGCGAGUGCACAGGCCUGCCUGCUGCAGCAAAACCCCACGGCUGUAGUUUAGUUAGCAAAGUAGCAUUAGACAAACAAAACGCCUGAGGAUGAGAUCAUACAUGCACACAAUGUUAAGAUUGUUUUCAUCUCACAAAGCCAGGAGGAUUUAUUAUUUCUGUUUUAUUAGAUUCUGUCACAUGUGAGAACAGAAACACACAGAGGCUGCUGGGUGUGAAAAUCCUUUUUGUUUCACUUUUAGGAGUAAAAAUGCACAACUUGAAGAAGAAGCAACAAACAAAACGCACCAGAAUAAGAAAUGAUUCGGAUUCUGGGCGCCUGAUCAAAUCUGACAAUCUUAAAGGGACAGUGACGGGAAAUCUUUGACCUUUACACAAAAAGAACGUCGCAACAUUUCACUGUUUCAGCCAUCGAUGAUUAUAUAUAUAAAACCUGCAGCAAAUUCUCAAUCUGACAGAUUAAUCUGCAAAAACACAAAAUCUUACCAAGUAAUUUUGUCUAGUUUCUAGUGUAAAUAUCUUAGUAAACUUUCAGAAAG